UCAUACAAAAUGAGGUACUUUAUAUUAUUAUCAUUACUCUGGGCUUUGGUUUUAGCUCAUGACAAUGGACAACAUCCAAAUUUUCCACGAUCACGCAGUUUUGAACCUUUAGGUGAAGAACAAACUACCGAAUAUUGGAUGAAUAAGGCUCAGAAUAUAUUGGCCCACAAAUUGCAAAAACUCAAUAAUCUCAAUACGAAUAAAGCUAAAAAUAUUAUAUUAUUUUUGGGUGAUGGCAUGUCAGUACAUACUGUCACUGCUACGCGAGACUUUUUGGGUGACAGCAGCAAACAGGUGUCUUUUGAAAAGUUCCCCUAUGUGGGUUUAUCACGUACCUAUGCUGUUAAUAAAAGGACACCCGAUUCAGCUUCUACAGCUACUGCUUAUUUGAAUGGUGUUAAGGCUAAUUAUGGCACUAUAGGUGUUAAUGCUCAAGUACCCAAAUAUGAUUGUUUCAAGGCCAACGAUACCAGUACCCAUACUGAAAGUUUAGCUAAAUGGGCUCAAGAUGCAGGAAAAUGGGCUGGUUUGGUUACCACAGCAAGAGUGACGCACGCCUCUCCAGCUGGAGUUUAUGCUCAUACUGCCAACCGUGGUUGGGAAUACAAUGAAGCUAUUAGAAAAGAUGGUUGCAGUGAUGAUGUUAAUGUGGACAUAGCACGUCAAUUGGUAGAAUGGCCAGUGGGCAAAGAAUUACAUGUAGUAUUGGGUGGAGGUCGUCAAAAUUUCCGUGAUAAAUCAGUAAAUGAUGAAGAAGGCUCUCCUGGCUAUAGAACCGAUAAAAGAGAUUUGAUUGAAGAAUGGUUGCAAGAGAAAAAACAAGAAAAUAAAAGCGCUAAAUAUGUGUGGUCAAAGAAGGGUUUGGAAAUGGUCGAUAUGAGUGAAACCGAUUAUUUGUUGGGCUUAUUCAGUGCUUCACACUGUCCUUAUCAUGGCGAUUUGAAGAGAGAGCACUUAGAAAAUGCUGAUCCCUCUUUAACAACCAUGACCGAAGCGGCCAUUAAAUUAUUAAGUAAAAAUGAUAAGGGUUAUUUCUUAUUUGUGGAGGGAGCUAAAAUCGAUAUGGCCCAUCAUGCGUCUAGAGCUCAUAAGUCUUUAGAGGAUACUGCAGAAUUUGCCAGAGCUAUAGAAUUGGCGCGCAAUUUAACUAGUGAAGAAGAUACUCUAAUUGUGGUGACCUCAGAUCAUGCUCACACCAUGACCAUUAAUGGUUAUCCGAAUCGCCAUCAAAACAUAUUUGGUUUAGCUCCUAAAAACGCUGACGAUGGCUUGCCUUAUACCGUUUUAUCGUAUGCCAAUGGUCCCGGUUAUUCCAAAACUUACUCUUCCAAAAAAGGACGUCGUGAUUUAUCUGAUGCUGAUUUACAAAAUCCUUCCUAUCGUUAUAUGGCUACAGUACCUUUAGACUCAGAGACCCAUGGAGCCGAUGAUGUGGGUGUUUUUGCUUCUGGUCCCUAUGAGCACUACUUUACUGGCAACUAUGAGCAAAGCAAUAUACCCGCUUUAAUGGCUCAUAUUGCCAAUAUUGGUCCUUUUGCUGAGGAUAAAUUGUAAGGUUUUUUUUUUUGUUUAAUUUCAUCUACACAAAUUCUUUAAGUGUACAUGAAAUCCUAUGUAAAUAUUAGCAAUAAUAAACAAUAGUACUAAGAGUUUACCAUGUCUGUGUUAAGUUUUAAUAAAACUAUACAAGUGUUUACCCAAAA